AAUGCUUCUUACGGCGGUGGUAUGGAACCAAUUCAUCAAGCACCAUCUCUCAAAUUCAAGAUUUUUUUGUCAAGUGAAGCCGUAUCAACAGUUACACCAACAACAUCGACAUUAGUCACAACAUCUACUUCAAAUUGCUCUAAUGGCUCUAUUUAUUCGUUAUAUUAUGGCUUCUGUGUAGCACGAGGCAUGUCGCUGAACAUUUCAUUUUUAUUAAUUGCAAACUACAAUGUCACUCCUGUUAAUAUAAGUGUAUUGGGUAAUGCCCUUGAAGAUUAUUAUACAGCAUUGGACUCAUUAACAAGUUCAUCUCUUUUACUGUCUGCAAAUGUAAUGGAUACAGUCGUUGGGGAUUAUUUAAAUUCUUCUAUCACUCGAAAUGCUAACAGUAUUUUUCUUAUAACAAAUUCACCUAUUUUGUCUAACAACACACGUUUACGUGGUGGUGUCUUUAAUGCUUCUUACGGCGGUGGUAUGGUAACCAAUUCAUCAAGCACCAUCUCUCAAAUUCAAGGUACAACAGCUGCAGCCGUUAUCAAUGAUACACAAGAGUUACAAGGAGUUUCACUAAUAAAACUGUUGUUUCUCGAUCAACCGAGUAAUUAUUUACAAUAUGAUACAAAUACAACGAAGUUAGCUUCUUCUGUUAUUAUUGUUACCACCACUCCUCGGAUAAACAAUACGGGAGUCACACUUUAUUUUACGCUUAAAUAUAAUAUAAACGAGAUUCUUUCUAAUCCAACGAAUUUGCUGCAAUGUUCAUUUUGGAACGGAGUGAUCUGGGAUAAUUCGGGCUGUCAAGGACAACCAACCAUAGAUAAUCAGAUCGUUUCGUCAACGACAGUGUACCGAUGUGAUUGCACACAUUUCACCACAUUUGCAUUGACAAUUUCAUCUAACAGUAAAGGUAUCCCAAACAGUCCGAAUUUAAUAUGUUCAUUUUGGGAUGGUGCUGGAUGGAAUUCUUCAGGGUGCGAUGCACCAAAAAUAAGUACAUCAAUUGUUUCAUAUUCGUCAGUUUAUCAGUGUAACUGUUCGCACUUUACAACAUUCGCACUUAUUUGGUUACCAUUGAAUGAAAUCAAUCAAGCAGGACAAAAAUUGGAGCAGGGAAAAGAACGACGAAAAAAAGUUAUUCUUGUUCUAUUAUCUGCUUGUAUAACACAAAGUCUUGCAUGGAUAUUCGGUCCAUUUCUGAGAAUAUCCUACACCGCUGCAUUAGCUAUAGAAUGGAUAUUUAUCGUGUGUAAUGGACUUGAAGGUGUCUGGGCAAUUCUUCUCUAUCUUCUUGUACGCCGAACAAAGACGAAAACAUCAACCAAGUCUCAUAAACCCCUUCCUUCCGCUCCAGUCUUAACGAAAAACCGAAUUAGCAGCUCUUUGACGGACUUGAGAAAGAUCAGUACAGAAUCUGCUACGACUGUACCUAGUACCCACUUGAGAAUUAGCGCAAUUCAACGUUUGACACUUAAAGAUAUUCUACCAUUAUCACCGAUUACAAUCCGGCGUUUAACGCUUGAUGAUCUGCUCAGCUGUAGGCAAAGACAAGAAGUGACAGGCAAUUACGAUGAACAUUUGGUGAGCGAUGAUUACAGGAACGAUCAUGCUUUGCAUUCAUUGAUGCAAUCAACAAGUACCUGA